AUGGUAUUAAGAACAAAACUCACGCAAAUGCUCGGCAUUAAGCAUCCCAUUGUUCAAGGUGGUAUGCAAUAUGUCGGCACAGCUGAAAUGGCUUCAGCAGUUUCAAACGCUGGCGCUUUAGGCAUCCUCACAGCAUUAACACAACCCACACCUGAUGCUCUUCGUGCUGAGAUUAAACGCUGUCGCACUAUGACCGACAAACCAUUUGGUGUCAAUUUAACAUUUCUACCAGCCAUUAUACCACCGCCCUAUGAAGAAUAUGCCAAGGCGAUUAUUGAUGAAGGUAUCAAAGUAGUUGAAACGGCAGGCAACAAUCCUGGAAAAUAUAUCAAAAUGUUCAAAGAAGCUGGUAUUAUUGUUCUGCAUAAAUGUACGUCUAUUCGACAUGCUUUGUCCGCACAACGUUUGGGUGUGGAUAUCAUUUCUAUGGAUGGUUAUGAGUGUGCUGGUCAUCCUGGCGAAGAUGAUAUUACUGGCUUAAUAUUGUUAGCCAAGUCUGCCAAGACACUUAGCAUUCCGUACAUUGCUUCUGGUGGCUUCGGCGAUGGCGCGGGAUUAGCUGCUGCGUUGGCCUUGGGAGCUCAAGGUAUCAACAUGGGUACGCGAUUUAUGUGUACUGUAGAAGCACCUAUUCAUCAAAACGUGAAAGAAGCUAUGGUCAAGGCUGACGAACGAUCCACUGCACUUGUAUUCCGUCCUUUCCGCAACACAUCUCGAAUUUUUAAGAAUUCUAUUGCUGUGGAAGUCAAUAAGAGAGAAAUUCUGCCCAAUGUUGACUUCAAUAAGGACAUCAGAGAACUUGUGGCUGGUUCUCGUGGUAAACAAGUGUACACUACAGGUGAUAUAGAAUUCGGCGUGUGGACGGCUGGUCAAGUGUUGGGUAUCAUUGACGAUAUUCCUACAUGUCAUGAGCUUGUUUCACGUAUUGCUCAGGAUGCAGAAGCAAUUAUUACUCAACGACUAAGCAAAGCAGUAGUUCCCGAAAGUAAAUUAUAA